AUGAAGCUAUUCAGUUGGGUGCAGAACAAGCUAAAUGGAACAAAAGGGAAUGCGAAACCAGAGCCAGUUCCCUCCAAUAGACAUCAUCAUGUGAAACAAGAACCUAGAGAAGAAUUCAGCGACUGGCCACAGGGAUUGCUGGCAAUUGGAACCUUUGGGAACAAUGAUCUAGGAGAAAACCAAGAAAGCCAAAACAAUCUUCAGGAAAAUAACCAAGAAAGCCAAGACAAUAUUCAGGAAAAUCCGUCUUCCUCACCCGAUUUAUCAGACUUCACGCCUGAAGAAGUUGGGAAAUUACAGAAAGCUUUGACUAAACUCUUAUCCCGUAAACCUUCCUCCAAAGUUGAAAGAGAAACCACAGAUCAGCCACUGGACAGGUUCCUAAACUGCCCAUCAAGCUUGGAGGUCGACAGGCGGGUUAGUAGUUCUUUGAGCAGCGAGCCAGGGGAUAGGGAAGAGGACAUUGAGAGGACUAUAAGUAUUAUCAUUGGUAAAUGCAAGGAGAUUUGUGCAGAUAAUAGCAAGAAAGCAAUCGGGAAAAAGUCCAUUUCGUUCCUUCUUAAGAAGAUGUUCGUUUGCAGAAGCGGAUUUGCACCGGCACCUAGCCUGAGAGAUCCGCUCCCCGAAUCAAGAAUGGAGAAGCUUCUGAGGACAUUGCUUCGCAAGAAAAUGUACCCGCAAAAUACUUCUCGGGCAUCGUCCAUGAAAAGGUAUUUAGAGGACAAGCCGAUCUCGAGAGCCGAUAAAGAAAAGCAGGAGGAAGCAGAUGAAGGCUCUAAAUGGGACAAGACAGAUUCUGAAUGUAAGUUCACUUUGGGAUCAUCCCAACUUCUCGCAACUUAUCUAAUUCACUGA